AUUUAUUUCAAUGGCCUCGCCUGUCUAUGCUGAACCAGAAGAACUUGCAGAUUUGGUUCUUGACAAAUCAAAACAAGUUGGAAAAGAUUAUGUGAUUAUAGAUGUUCGUGGUGAUGAUUAUAGAGGUGGUCAUAUCCCAGGUGCUAUCAAUGUCCCUGCAAAUACCAUGUAUGAUAAAGCCAAUGAUCUCAUUAGAGACUAUGGUCAUGUACCUAAAAUCUAUUUCCAUUGUGCUUUAUCUCAAGUGCGAGGUAAAUAAGCGUAUAGAUGGUUGCAAUAACUCAUUUCCAUCUAGGCCCUAAAUCAGCACGUAUCUACAGUGAGACAAUCCGUAACUUGGGCAAAGAAACAGAUCAAAAAGUAAAGAUUUUGAGAUAUGGAUUUGAAGGAUGGCAUGCAAAAUACAAAGAAGAACAAGAUUUGUUAGAAGAUUAUGAUCCGUCUGUUUGGGA